CUUUCAUGCAUUAUGCACUCACAAGAAUCACAUAACCCUACUUUUCCUCUACCCCACCAUAUCUCCUAACAAUAUGCCACUCAAACACUUCACUCUCUUUCUCCUCUUCAUUUUCAUCCUUUCCUCCACACCGGCUGCCGGAAGAAAUCCCCGUUUCAUGUCAACCGGCGGUGCACCGUCAUCGGGAUCCGGUUCGGCCCACGGCCCAAACUGGGGCUAUAGUUGGGGAUGGGGCUCCGCACCCGGUACCGGCUACGGCUACGGUUCCGGUUCAAGCCAUUCCCCAACGGGUUCUAGCUACGGUUUUGGCUUUGGAUCCGGGUCCGGGUCUGGAUCUGGAUUCGGAUAUGGAUUUGGUAGUGGUGGUGGCACUAGUGCCGGUGGUUAUGGGUCUGGAAGUGGUUCGGGAAGCUCUAGUGGCGGUGGCUAUGGUCGUGGUGGUGGUGGUGACAAUAAUAGGUUACCAUCAACUUCUAAGGAUAAAACCAACCAUGGGUAAAUUGUAUUCAUCAUGGAGUUAUAGCUGGCUAUGUGUGCCUUUCUUGAUAGUGUAUUACUAUUUAUAAUGAUAUAUUUUGUGAAAAAAAUUUGAAUAAUAUUGUGUAUGCAUGGUAGAUUGCUAGAGCUAGCUAGCCAUAAAGCUAAGCUUUGGAGUUCCUAUGUGCCUAAUGAAAAAUCUCAACAUAGACGUAUAAUUUGCAAUGCUAUUGGUACUCUCUCUCUUACAUUUGUAAGUUUUGUCUUUAUUCUAAUACUUGGUCAGGGUUUUGCGUUUUCUAAUUUUAGUUAGCUAGAUUUGGUUUGCA